AAUACGAAAACACGAGUUAGAAACGAGUUUCAAGUAGCUUGCAGUUUUUGACAGUCGCCUUUUUUGGGGAGAAGAGGCUGCACUAUUAGCGACUAAUGAUUUAUAGGAAGUCGUACCUUUGGUCUUAAUCGGUGCUUCAUUAACCACGUCUGGUACCUAAAUAUAUGUAGACACAUGACAGUCAUACGUUUCCAGGGAAUACACAGGCUGCUAUCGACUGUCACGCGAGUGGUUAUGGAGAAGCCAUGCAUAUUAACCAAGACACUUGGAGCUCCUGGAAGCAUCUAUAAGUGUUUUGAACCUUGCAUCGACAAACACUUCACUAUAAUCCCAUAUGAGCGAUUUGUACAGAGGAAACAGGACUUCGCUGCCAAAAUCCAGGCAGUGUUUUCGUGGGGUCCCAAUAUUAAUGUUGACCGAGACCUGUUACAGUCUCUGCCGAACCUCAAAGCUGUCAUUAAUGGAGGGGUAGGAGUGGACCACCUCGAUAUUCCUCUCAUCAAUAGCUUUGGUGUUAAAGUUUCCAACACUCCUCAUGUGGUGGAUAAUGCUACUGCAGAUAUUGGCAUGGGUCUGAUGUUGGCAUCUGCCAGAAAGAUUAUUGAGGGGCAACAUUUUUCCCAAUUUCGGGAAUCUGAUGAUUUUCCAGAGUCCACUAUGGGCACUGAUGUUAGCGGGGCCACUCUGGGCAUCAUCGGCAUGGGGAGAAUUGGGUACAAAAUAGCCAAGAGGGCUCAAGGGUUUGACAUGAAGAUUCUUUAUCACAAUAGGAAUCAAAGGCCUGAGAGUGAAGAGAGAGCAGUUGGCGCCACAUAUUGUGCAAGGAUGAAUGAGCUGCUUCAGAGGUCAGACUUUGUCAUGGUGGUGGUCAAUCUGUCCCCACAGACGCACAAACUGAUCAGUGCCAAAGAGUUCGCCAUGAUGAAACCCAAUAGCACCUUUAUCAACAUCAGCAGAGGUUUAGUAGUGGACCAAGAUGCUUUAGUGGACGCUCUCCAGAAGAAAAUGAUCCGAGCCGCUGCUUUAGAUGUCACUUAUCCUGAACCACUGCCCCGGGAUCACCCCCUGCUGUCCUUCCCAAAUGUCAUCGUCAUGCCUCAUCUAGGAACACACACGAUGGAGACGUCUCAGCUCAUGGUGGAGAGGAUGGUGACCAAUGCUUUGGCCAUUCUAAACGAAGGCCAACUUCCUGAUGAAGUCAAGGCAUAGAGCCAGAUCAC